AUGUGGCGCCUUCUCGAUGACUCACAGCACUUCAAACUGAAAUAUAAUAUUUAUAUCGAUAUAGUUGUAUCUGUAAUAAAUAGGGCAAAGGAAAUAUUGGGAAUUCGGCAAACGUUACGACAAUUGGCCCAAAGUCGUGACAUCCUAGCAUCACAGCCGAAACUAUCUCUGCACAGUCUACGCAGUCCCCUUGUGGUCACAAGCCAUAAGUUCAUAGCAGAUGCCAUAGAGAAGAAAUGGUGUCUCACAAACACCUUCAUGUAUAUUCUCAAAUAUGUGGGAGACUCGAAGGAUGAGAGCUCUAAUUUUUAUUAUUUUGAGGCCGUGUUCAGCCAGCCGACAGCAAGCUACCCGAUCUCACAAGCAACCGUUUCAGUAUUCUUCAGAAUAGAAGACAAACAUAUAGAACCCGUGGAACUAAAAGGAGUGCCAUUGAUGACAUUCAGAAUCGAAGGGCAACGCACAGAUCACGAUGUACGCUACGUCACCCUCACAGCUGACUGGAUCCUGGCAGUUCUCAAGAUGAAGCUCAAGUUGUAUCAGAGGAUAGAAAGCAUCAAGCUGUUCUGAUUGGAUUUACCCUUCUAUCAGAUUUAUCCACUUAUCGAAGGAAAGACAAAUCAUCAUUACAUAGUAUAAAACUUAACUAAAGAUUUUGAAGCUGUUUUUUUUAAUAGACAGAGUAAUUCAAGAGGAAGAUUUAUAAAUAUAAUA